AUGGCACCUGGCGCACCCGGCGGCCGCCCAUCAGCCCGCCGCACCGCCAACAACGGCUCGUCCUCGUCAACCUCCGGCUCACUCGCCGCCCGCCUCGCCCGCAAGGUCUUCCAGCAAAAGUACUCGCUCCAGCUCGCACCAGGCGUCAUCGACUGGCUCGACGCCUUCGUCAACGGCUUCGAGCUCGACGACGAGGACGAGAUCGUCGACACGUUCGAGCACCUCGUUCGCGGCGCAGUCGGCAGCGGCAGCGGUCUCGACGGGCCGAGCAAGAUCACAGUCGAGCUCCUCGCCGAAACGUACGAGAAGCUGCGGGUCACCAACGACGACGCCGAGGACCACGCCCAAGACGGCGGCGCAGACGUCGACACGGCGCAUCACCUCAAGAUCAUCGACGCGUUCGACCUGCCGGCGUGGAGGUGGGACGACUCGCGAGGAGGGUUCGAGAAGGCCGAAACCGCACCAACCCUUGCGCCAGGUGCCCUGUCCAAGGCGCAGUACUUGCGCGACCGCUUCAACAUCAUCAAGCAGGUCAUCCUCCGCAACGAGCACUUUUGCCCGCCGACCAUCGUCGACCCAGAACGCGCCGACUACAUGAAGUUGACGACGAUCAAGAACCUGCUCGGGCGGCAAGGCGGCCACUUUCUCAUUUUUGGCCUCUUGACCCGCAUGGAGGACGGCGAGCUGUACCUCGAGGACCUCGACGACAAGGUCAAGCUCGACCUGUCAGACGCUACGCCAGAGUCGGGCCUGUUCACCGAGGGCUCGUUCGUGCUCGUCGACGGCGACUACACGCACGACUCGAUCUUCAAGGUGGCCGAGAUCGGGCACCCGCCGAGCGAGCGACGAGACGAGGCCAUGAGGAUUCACGGGCACCACGACUUUCUCGGCGUCGGCGCCCUGUCGGCCGCCGAGGAAGCCGAGCUCAUCGCGGCCGAGCAGGCGCCGCAGCACGAGACGUCGUUCAUCAUCCUGUCGGACCUGCACCUCGACAACGCAAAAGUGCUCGCCGCGCUCGGCGACGUCCUCGGCGCGUACAACGACAUGGACCCCAAGUCGAUCCCGAGGCUGUUUGUCCUGUGCGGCAACUUUCGCAGCCGGCCUUGGCUGUUUGACGGCGAGGCGAUGCGCGAGUACUCGGAGCUCUUCGCGACCCUCGCCUCGCUCCUGUCGUCCUUCCCCGCCCUCCUCGCCGCCUCGCACUUCCUCCUCAUUCCCGGCCCAACCGACCCUUACUCGUCCGCCGCCCUCCCUCGCCCGGCACUCCCCGACGCGCUCGCCAAGCCCCUCCUCGCGCGCAUCCCCAACCUGACGCUCGGGAGCAACCCGUGCCGGGUGCGGUGGCUCAGCCAGGAGCUCGUCUUUUUCCGCGACGACAUGAUGGGCCGCAUGAUGAGGAACGCGGUCCGGUUCCCGGCCGAGGAGCCGGGCAGCAAGGGCGAUUUGAGGAAGGCGCUCGUCCAGACGAUCCUCGACCAGGCGCACCUCGCGCCCCUGCCGCUCAACGUCCGCCCCGUCCUGUGGGACUUUGACCACGCCCUGCGCCUGUACCCGAUGCCGACAACUCUCGUCCUCGCCGACUCGUUCGACCCGUACAAGCUCGUGUACGAGCGCUGCCUCGUGUUCAACCCGGGCUCGUUCCAGCGUCGCAGGUUCACGUGGAGCACGUACCACCCGCACAUGGCCGAGAUCAAGGAGCGCAUGGAGGAGAGCGAGUUGCCCGGGCCCGACGACUAUUGAGGAGCGAGCGAGGUCUUCUGUACGGAGUUGUAGAUGCUCUCGAGACACAGAUGUUGUAUCGCUAGCAGACGAGGU